AUGCUCGAGUAUUUCACUUACAAGAAGUACAAGAAGCACAAGGCUGAGAAGGAAGCCCAUGAGCACAAGGUUGGCGACAAGGGCAAGGGCAUAGAAAAGCAAGAUGGGGUCGCAUCGAACUCGAAUCCCGCGAUCCGGGUAGACGCGCCCGCCGGCGCGACAACGGCCACCGCUGAGAGGCCGCUGCUCGACGACGAGGACGAGUCCUUCUUUGAGCGGCUGACGUCCGGACGAGCCACGCUGAGCGACCUGGAUGGCAACGACGAUGACGAGAGACCACCCCUGCCGCCCAGGAUAAAGACGCCGGAUCUCACCUGGGACAGCGACGCCGAGUCCUUCGUCAGUCGCGAGUCCAAAAGCAAGUCGGACGAGAAGAAGAAGGAGGGCAAAGACAAGCACAAGGACAAGAAGGAGAAGGACAAGAAAGCAGAGGGCGGUGGCGCCGCGGCAAACAUCGGCCGGCGCAUCUCGCUGCUGGUGAAGAGGCCAAAGAAGGACGUCCAGCCCACCAACCUGGUCGUGCCCGAGUCGGAGGCCAAGCGCGAGAGGACCGACAUCGAGCGCGUGCUCGACGACCUCGACCUCUCGGCCAAGAACAACCGCGCCUUCAGCCUCUCGGCCGAGUCGUCGGAGCUCGUGCGCCGCUUCACCCUCGUGCUCAAGGACCUGGUCAACGGCGUGCCCACGGCCGUCGGCGACAUGCAGGCCCUGCUCGAGGACAAGGACGGCGCCAUCGCCGCCGCCUUCGGCAAGCUGCCCUCGAGCCUCAAGAAGCUCGUCACCCAGCUGCCCACCAAGCUGACCAGCACGCUCGCGCCCGAGCUGCUCGCCGCCGCCGCCGAGACCCAGGGCCUCAAGCACGAGGACAACUCCAAGGCCGGCGUCAAGUCGACGGCCAAGUCGCUCCUCAUGCCUAAGAACCUGCAGGACCUCGUGACCAAGCCCAGCGCCAUCGUCGGCAUGCUCAAGGCCAUCAUGAACGCCCUCAAGCUGCGCUGGCCGGCCUUCAUGGGCGCCAACGUCUUGUGGAGCAUUGCCCUGUUCCGUAAGUUGUUCUUUCUCUCUACAUCUUCAUCGACGACUCGCUCUCCUCCAUACAUCCGGGAACCCGAAUCUCGAUUGCGAUCUCGAUCUUUUCUCUCCUUCAAGAGGACCGAAUUCUAG